AUGUUACGACCUAAAGUCGGUUCCUUAGCCAUCGUAGAAAAAAGCGCCAAAAAAGACUGUAGUUCCCGGUGCAGCUCAGUUGGAGUCCAAUUAGUCCCACUGGUCCGGAGAGGGAACGAGACGUCUUUUGGGAUCAUGAAGCCGGGGCUGAACGCCAUCAUGGGAGCGACAGGAAGUGGAAAGUCAUCGUUUCUGGACGUGUUGGCGGCCCGGAAGGACCCUGCAGGUCUGACGGGGGAGGUUCUGAUCGACGGAGCCCCCCAGCCCCCAAACUUCAAGUGUCUCUCUGGAUACGUGGUCCAGGACGACGUGGUGAUGGGAACCCUGACGGUGCGGGAGAACCUCACCUUCUCCGCGGCGCUGCGACUCCCGGCCGCCAUCUCCCAGGGGGAGAAGAAACGGAAGGUGGACAAACUGAUCCAGGAGCUGGGACUGGGCCGGGUGGCCGACUCCAGGGUGAGGAGACAGGAGGGGGUGGGGGGGUGUAAGGGGGUGAGAGACAACAAAACAAUAAUAAUAAUAAUAAUAACAAUAAAGCGUGUCCUCCCCCAUUCCCCAUCUCUCUCCCCGCUUCAUGUCUACCGUUUGUCUUGCUGUUGUCCCUUCCUGUUUAGGAUGGCGAACAACGGGCGCACCAUCAUCCUCUCCAUCCACCAGCCGCGCUACUCCAUCUACCGGCUGUUCGACAGCCUCACGCUGCUCGUCACCGGGAAGAUGGUGUACCACGGCCCGGCUCAGACCGCCCUGGACUACUUCUCCGACAUCGGAUACACCUGUGAGCCGCACAACAACCCAGCUGACUUCUUCCUGGACAUUAUCAACGGAGACUCGACCGCCGUCGCCCUCAACAGCACCGACAAGGAAGAUCCAGAUUCAGACUUGGUGUCCAAGUCCAAACGGGGGAUUGAGGACAAACUCGUUGAGGACUAUAAGAGCAGCCAGCACUUCCGACAGACCAGAGCAGAGCUGGGCCACCAUCAUGAAGACGCAGGCGAUGGUCAUGUAGAUGUUGGCGACGGCGACCACCGUCUGGUCGGCGGAGAUGGCGAGCGCCAUGGCGGUGGCGGUGUAGGCGACCAUGACGAUGCUGAACAUGAAGAUGAAGAAGGCCGCGGCCGUCGCCUUGAAGCCUGCACGGGGAACAUCAGCGGACCCCCCCAGGCUGUCCAGAUUAACGAGUUCACCGGGCUGAACUUCUGCCGUGGGUUUAACAGCAGCGUCACGCCUCCAGGACUGGCGUGUACAGGGGAGGAGUUUCUGGAGAUCCAGGGUGUAGAUCCCUCCACCUGGGGCCUCUGGCAGAACCACCUGGCUCUCGGCGUCAUGACCCUCUGCUUCCUCAUCAUCGCUUACCUCAAACUGCGCUUCAUCAGGAAGUUCACCUAGACAGUCACCACGGCAGCUGUGAUGUCAUCUCUACCAAUGCAAUGUCAUCUUAUCAUCUCCACCAGUGUGAUGUCAUCUCUACCAAUGUGAUGUCAUCUGAUCAUCUCCACCAGUGUGAUGUCACCUCCACCAGUGUGAUGUCAUCUAAUCAACUCCACCAGUGUGAUGUCAUCUCCACCAGUGUGAUGUCAUCUCUACCAAUGCGAUGUCAUCUAAUCAUCUCCACCAGUGUGAUGUCAUCUCCACCAGUGUGAUG